GUCUCCCUCGACCUCCUCACCGUCCCCCUCUCCUUCUUUUGUCCACGGUCCAUGCGAUGAGCUCCGCUGGUCUCUCUCGCCGUCGGGUUCCCGCCUCUGCCUCCACCGGAGAUGACGAUGCCGACGGCAUCAACGGUCCCUCUGUCUCCAACGGCGGCUCUGUAUCACGAUCUGACUCGCUGACUUCACCCUCAUACCAUGCUGGUUCCGCGUUCGAAGGCGGCAGCAAGAUUGCGUUUGACCCCCGGGACCUCGAGCGCGACGACGAAGAUGCACGGCUCGGCGGCAAGCCUCCACGGCUCACGAUCAUGGAGGAGGUCCUUCUUCUCGGUCUCAAGGACAAGCAAGGAUAUCUGUCAUUUUGGAACGACAACAUCUCCUACGCCCUUCGUGGCUGCAUCUUGAUCGAGCUUGCCCUCCGCCGCCGCAUAGCCCUCGUUCGCGACCCAAACAGGCGACAGCUCCCCCUUCCCGAGCGCGUAGUGGAGGUCAUCGACGACCGACAAACGGGCGAAACCAUCCUGGACGAGACACUCCGGAUGAUGAAGGGUCAGGAGCAGGAGCGCAUGUCCGUCAACAGCUGGAUAGAUCUAUUGAGUGGCGAGACAUGGAACGUAAUGAAGAUUGGCUUCCAGCUGAAGCAGGUGCGCGAGCGGCUCGCCAAGGGGCUCGUCGACAAGGGCGUCCUCCGUACCGAAAAGCGCAACUUCCUCCUCUUCGACAUGGCCACGCACCCCGUCGCGGACGUGCGCACGAAGGAGUCGAUCGUCACCCGCGUCGUCGCCCUCCUCACCACGACGACCGCGGCCGUCCCGCCCGCCGCGCUCGACAAGGAGGGCACGCAGUGCCGCGCGGCGCGCGCCGUCUGCCUCGUCUGCGCCGCGUACGCCGCGAGCGUGCUCGACAACGCGUUCGGCCGGCUCACGUACGAGGACCGCGAGGCCGCGUUCCAGCGCUGCGACGACAUCCUCGCCGAGUUCUCCACCUGGCCGUUCGGCAGCUCCGGCGCGGGGAGCGGGGCGGCGCGCGGGAGCAGCGGGCCGGGGAGGCGGCGGGAGGCGGGCGCGCGGAUUGGGAUGGGGAGCGCGGGGGUGAGCUCGCGCGAGAUCGUGCUCGGGCUGCUGCAGGAGGUCAAGAAGGAGAUGCAUGGCGAGGAGGAUCUCUCUUUUGAGCUCGUCGCUGGCGUUCUAGAGGUGCUCUCAAAACUGGACUCGCUGCUCUGACCGCCCUUGUCGUUCGUCUCACUCCGUUCUGGUUGUUUACUCGUAGUAAAUAUUAUUAUCGGAUCUCGCUGCCAUAAUCACCAAUUGGGUGCCCAUAACUGUAUCAGAACUAUCCUAGGCGAAGAAUGUCUGACGAAAGGAUUAUUU